CCCAUCCGCACACGAAUCACUUUUGUCCAGAUCAUUCAUUUUUAUCAUUGUCCACGAAGUUUUUAUCGCGCCUGGAUUAGGAUUUAAGUUUUCUGGUGUAGAAAGGUGUCAAUUUUGCGAAAAUUGUAACAGAAAGUGCCGGGUUGGUUGAGUAGCAACAGUGCGCGUAGCAGGAAUGUGGUCCGCCCGGGGUAGAGAAAGUGGCUGGCUGCUGCUGGUCCUGUCGGUGUGCAGUCUGGGGAUCGUGGUGUUGACGGAGCUGCCCCGUCCGCGGGGGGUAUCCAUAUCGCGGGCCAGUCUCUAUCCGGUUGACAAUGGCGGUAAGUUUGUGUGCUUGGAUGGCCGCAAGACGAUCCAGUGGGAACAGGUCAACGACGACUACUGUGACUGCGAGGACGGUAGCGACGAACCGGGGACGGCUGCCUGCCCGAAUGGAAUGUUCCACUGCACCAAUGCCGGGUACAAACCGUUGAAUCUGCCAAGCAACCGGGUGAACGAUGGAAUAUGUGACUGCUGUGACGCCUCGGAUGAGUAUGCUUCGAGGGCCAGUUGCGUGAACACCUGCAGCGAACUGGGCAAGGAGGACCGGCUGCGGGAAAAGCAGCGAUCCGAGAUGGCCAAGAUGGGCAACCAGCUGCGGACGGAGAUGAGCCAGAGGGGCAAGACGCUGAAGGAUGAACAACGGGUGCGCUUUGCGGAGCUGGAGAAAUCCAAGGCGGAAGCCGAAGCACUGCGAAAGGAGAAAGCCACCAUCAAGGAUGAUGCGGAAGCACUGGAAAGUGCUGCUCUGAAGGUAUAUCGCGACCGCGAGGAGGAAGCCCGCAAAUCCAAACAGGAAGCGGAAGCAAUUAGCAACCGCGAGGAAGCGGAGGAAACGUUCCGCAAGUACGAUUCCAACCAGAACGGAAUGCUGGAAGUCAAGGAAUUGCAGACCCGCAUCGUGUUCGACCGGAACCGGGACGGAGCGGUCGCCGAGGAUGAAGCUCGCUAUUUCCUGGACGAGCACGAACAGGUCGAUUUCGAAACGUUCGUCACACUGUGCUGGCCAAAGAUCAAACCGUUCCUGAUGCUGGAUUCGGGACUGUUCAAACCACCGAGCGAUGACGAUGAGUUGGACAAGGAAGAACGUGAAACAGGACAGUACGAAACGGAAGAAGCCGAGUUGCAGAAUGAACAUGACGGAUACGACCUGGACGGAAGCGAACCGACUCAACCUUAUCCCGAGGAAGAAGAGGCCGCUGAUCACGACGAGGAGGAAGAGGAAGACGAAGGUCUGGAUGAGCAAGAGGUCGGCGAAGGGCAGGUCGACACGGCCGAGGAACCGAAGCAGGACUACGAUCCGGAAACUCAAGAGCUCAUCCGAAAGGCUAACGAGGCCAGAAACCAACAUAACGAAGCCGAUCGGCAUGUUCGUGAGAUUGACCAAGAAAUGCGCAAGAUUGAAGAUCUGCUAAACAAGGACUUUGGGAAGGACGAGGAAUUUGCUCCGCUGAAUGGCGAGUGCAUCAACUACGAGGAUCGCGAGUAUGUCUACAAGCUGUGCCUCUUCGACAAGGCCAUUCAACAGCCGAAGAACGGCGGCGCAGAAACAAGAUUGGGCACCUGGGACAAGUGGGCCACCCCGGACCACACCGUGAUGCGGUACGGCAACGGGGCCACCUGCUGGAACGGGCCGGCUCGGUCGGCCAUAGUCCACCUGGAGUGCGGCCUGGACACCAGGAUUACCUCCGUCACCGAGCCGAACCGGUGCGAGUACGAGUACCGCGUCCAAACACCGGCCGCCUGCUCCGUCGACGAUGCCAACCGAGAGCAUGAGCACGACGAACUGUAAGAAAACCGGAGGCGGAAAUAGAGGAAAACAUCGAAUAGAACAUUUUUCUUUAGGAUGCCGCGAUAAAUCACUGGGCGUUUGUUCUUCAUGUCAUCAAAAACUGAUCAACCGCUAGAUAAGAGAAACAGAACGAGUUAGCGCAUUAAAACAUAGGAUAUCAUUUCAAUUAGGUUUUAAAAGUUCGUUGAUUGUCGAAAAAAGGGUUCAUUAGUUGAUAGUGCCGAUUGGAUUGAAUGAUUCUUUAGUAGGACUGAUUUAAAGAGGUAAAGUAGAAAAUAUUAAAUGAUCCCCCCAGAAUAUGUCUCAGGAAGCAGUAAAAAACAUCUUUUGAUUAGGUCGGAUACUUCUAUUUUUAUGUAAAACAUCAUUUGGACACUCACAUUCCUUCGUUUUAACUUGCUAGACGUUACAAUCAUAUACAACAACACCUUAAGGGUAGCGUGUGAUGGAAAUCGAUGUUAGAGAAAUAAAGUAACAAUCAAGCCGAUGGUAAUGAGAAAAGAAAUCCGUGUAGGACAAACUAGAAGAGGACACUUCUCAGCGACGGUUUUUAUGUCUUGAAUGAGUGAAUAAAACAUGAAAAAGUAAAAAAAAA